GGUAGGACACAGACCUACCGUAAAGCGUUGUGUUUUGGACUGGGAGGUCAUCAGAAAGUGAGCAGCACGGCCGGCUUUAGGGGACAGAAGCAACGUAGCACCUUAACUCUGAUGCCUGAGGUUAACACGUACAUAAUUUACUAGAUCAGUGUAGUAUUUCCAUUCCGACGAGAUGUUCCGGUUAAUCCUGCGGCUCAGGUCGACCGCUGGGCUACCCUCUCCCCGUGUCCUACAGGGCCCCGCUGAGCUCAGUACGCGCUCUGGAUCCGGGAGCUGUCGCUCCAGACGGUUUCAAUCCGGAGGGACUGCUCGGGCUGCCUACCAUGGCACCAAGAGGGUCGUCUAUUCCCAUACAAUGUCAUCUGCCCUCCGGCGUGCUCCAAUCGCAGGCUGUCAGACCAAGCGGUUCUAUAGCUUACCACCACACCAGAAGGUGGAGCUGCCAGCUCUGUCUCCCACCAUGGCGACUGGAACCAUCGCUCGCUGGGAGAAGAAGGAGGGGGAGAAGAUCAACGAGGGUGACCUUAUAGCCGAGGUGGAGACGGACAAAGCCACGGUGGGCUUUGAGCUUCUGGAGGAGUGUUACAUGGCCAAGAUCCUGGUCCCGGAAGGAACCAGAGACGUGACCAUCGGCGCCGUCAUCUGCAUCACCGUCGACAAUCCGGACCUGAUCGCAGCCUUUAAGGACGUGACGUUGGAAUCCCUUGCAGCAUCCGGGGCGUCUGCCUCACCGGCAGCCUCUCCUCCUGCUGCUGCUGCCCCUGUGGCCGCCCCAGGGAGCUCCUACCCCACGCACCUCAAGAUCCAGCUGCCGGCCCUCUCGCCCACCAUGACCGUGGGCACGGUGCAGCGCUGGGAGAAGAAGGUGGGGGAGAAGCUGAGCGAAGGAGACCUGCUGGCGGAGAUCGAGACGGACAAGGCUACCAUCGGCUUCGAGGUGCAGGAGGAGGGCUACCUGGCCAAGAUCAUCAUCGCCGAGGGCACGCGGGACGUCCCGCUGGGCACUUCCCUCUGCAUCAUCGUGGAGAAGGAGAGCGACAUCGCCGCCUUCAAGGACUACGUGGAGACAGGUGUGGCCGACGCAACCGCGCCCCCUCCCCCUCCAGCGCCGGCUGCUGCUCCCUCCCCCUCCCUGGCCCCAGCCGCCCCCGCGGCCGCGCCCCUCGGUAGCCGGAAAGGCCGCGUGUUCGCCAGCCCCCUGGCUAGGAAGUUGGCCUCCGACAAAGGCAUUGACCUGGCCCAGGUCAGCGGCUCCGGCCCAGACGGACGCGUCACUAGGAAAGACAUUGAGACGUUUGUCCCUCCCAAGGCUGUCCCUACGGCGGUUGUGGCUCCUUCCCCGGCCCCUGCUGCUGCUGCUGCUGCUGUGGCCCCUGGAGCCAAGGCGGCCCCUGCAGGGACCUACACAGACGUCCCCAUCAGCAACGUCCGCAGGGUCAUCGCCCAGCGGCUGAUGCAGUCCAAGCAGACCAUCCCCCACUACUACCUGUCAGUGGACGUCAACAUGGACCACGUGCUGGAGCUCAGACAGGAGCUCAACGCCGAGGUGAAGGCCCAGAACAUCAAGCUGAGCGUCAACGACUUCAUCAUCAAGGCCAGCGCCCUGGCCUGCCUAAAGGUCCCCGAGGCCAACUCCUCCUGGAUGGACAGCGUCAUCCGCCAAAACCACGUGGUGGACGUGAGCGUGGCCGUGAGCACUCCCAACGGUCUGAUCACGCCCAUCGUGUUCAACGCCCACACCAAGGGACUGGCCGCCAUCUGCUCCGACGUCUCCGCCCUCGCCGCCAAGGCGCGGGACGGCAAGCUGCAGCCGCACGAGUUCCAGGGAGGAACCUUCACCAUCUCCAACCUGGGGAUGUUCGGGGUCAAGAACUUCUCGGCCAUCAUCAACCCUCCUCAGGCCUGCAUCCUGGCCGUGGGCGGAGCCGAGAAGCGCCUGCUCCCUGCCGACAACGAGAAAGGGUUUGACGUGGCCAACAUGAUGGCCGUGACACUGAGCUGCGACCACCGCGUGGUCGACGGCGCCAUCGGCGCUCAGUGGCUCGCAGAGUUCCGCAAGUUCCUGGAGAAACCCGUCACCAUGCUCUUGUGAUUGGACAGUGCCGUGACCCCGAACGCCGCGAUAGGCCGAGACCUCUCUUCCACUCCUCAUCAAUCUGAUCGGUGCAUCCAUCGUCGAGCCAAGCGAGGAUAAUCACACUCACCCUCCCACCCCCUUACCGGUCGAAGGGACAUAACUCUCGAUCCAGUGGUAUCCCUGUCCCUGUCCCCCUUCCUGCACCUCUCUGGUCCCCCACCCCCGUCAUUCAUCCUCUUAUUUAUUGCGGCUCCCAAGUCUCGCACCAGAUCAGAAUUAGAUACCGUAUCGCCCCAAAGUUGAGAGCGGCCGUUAAGAUGUUUAUCUUUUAUUGAGGGAAUUGUUACAGGCCGGCGGGGGGGAGGAAGAUAAAUAUAUAUAGAAAGAUGUGUGUGUAUUUGCGUGCGUCCACGCAGGCUAGGUGGUAUCGAUUGUGGGACGGGGAUAAGGGCCUCUAGGUGUUUAGCUCAAUGUCUCCACUCCAUGACCCUGUGCAAAGAGGUUGUUUUUGUGUACUGGCUCCUUGGGUGGGGAAGGCUAUUCUUUAAAAGAGAAAUGUAUGAAAUGUAAGUUGUAUUUGAGAAAUGUUGCGCAAAUAAGUAAAACAUGUUUCUCGUGUUCAGAUACUGGUCGUGAAUUCAACAAUUCUCAUUUCAAUUGGUAAUUUACUGCAACUGUUUUUUUGCGUCGUUUUCUUCUGUAAAUGGUUAUUCCAGCGAGUGUGCGCCACUGUUUAAAGAUUACGGUGCGUACAAAUCACAUAGCAGCACUUGUUUGAAAUGUGGUGGCGGUAAAAAAAAAAAUUAUACUUGGUAAACGUAAUCUCAACUGAGGUGCUAAACUGUAAUGCUGAUAUACUCUCUCACUGACUGGGAUUUCAUCUGUGAUUUCUCUAAACGCACAAAAUGCUGGUCCAGAAUUUUUUUGACAGUCGGUGAACAAAGUGGGGGAAGGCAAAGGGUUUCCCAUAGGCUAUUUUGGUUUGGAUGGGCAUAACGAUUUCUUAUGAAAACCCAAAUUGAAGCAUUUUAACUAACUAAAUGUGUUUGUAAAGACGUUUCAACAUUAGACGCUGUUUUGUCCUGUGACCUUACUCUCAAAAUUGUAGUUACUAAUGACGUAAGGUAGGGCGUACCAUAUAAAAUCCAUAACUCAAAACAAGUCAUUUAAAAACAUUGGCCCUCAAUGCAUACAACACACAAAAAAUAGCUUUGGUUUCUAAGCUGUUUUCUUAUGUCUGUUAUAUUUCUAAGUUGUACCCAUGUUUAUCUUGAUGGGAACACGAGGCUUAAAAGGAUGUUGCUAGGAAUGUAUUUUCUCGCAGCCACGAAUUUCAAGUCGCAAAAACUGAAAGGAGAAAACGUCAAGAUGGCUUUGUCCUUCGUCGUGGAGAUGCCAUGUAUGGAGAUCAUUGCAACACGUCUCAUAUCCGAACGCUAGGUUAACCGAAUAAAGCAGCUGCAAUAGA